AUGAAGGUGAAACGUGUCAACCACAAGAAGGUUCACACCGGAGAAAAGCUAUAUCAAUGUUCAGAAUGUGACAAAGCUUUUACAGUGAGGGAAGACCUUAUCAGACACGAGAGGGACCACGCUGAAGAGAAGCCACAUCAGUGUUCUGAAUGUAAAAAACGCUUCUUAAAAAGGUCACAGCUUAGCAGACACACAAGGAUUCACACUGGACAGAAACAAUAUCCGUGUUCAGAGUGUGGCAAAGCUUUUGCAUCAAAGGCAGAGCUUACCAGACACGAGAGGGAAGGCCUUAUCAGGCACCAGAGGAUUCACACUGGAGAGAAACCACAUCAGUGUUCAGAAUGUGGCAAAGCUUUUGCAGAUAAACAUGAGCUUAUCAUGCACGAGAGGGUUCACACUGGAGAGAAGCCAUAUCAGUGUCCAGAAUGUGAUAAAAAAUUUAUAAGGAAGCGUUAUCUUAUUAGGCACCAGAGGAUUCACCAUGAAGAGGAGCCGUAUCAGUGUUUAAAAUGUGACAAAUGUUUUACGGUGAGGGAAGACCUUAUUGUACACAAAAGGGUCCACACUAAAGAGAAGCCACAUAAGUGCUCUGAGUGUAAAAAAGUUUUUUUACAUCAGUCACACCUUAUCAUACACCAGAGGGUUCACACUGGAGAGAAGCCAUAUCAGUGUUCAGAAUGUGACAAAGCUUUUAAGCAGACAGCUGCUCUUAGCAAACACAUGGAGGUUCACUCUAGAGAGAAGCGGGUUCUGUAUAAGUGUUCUGAAUGUGACAAAUCUUUUACAGCAAAGGGUAAUCUUAAGAAACACCAGAGGACUCACACUGGAGAGAAACCAUAUCAGUGUUCUGAAUGUGAUAAAUCUUUUGCAUUAAAGUCAGAUCAUCUUUUCAGACACCAGAGGAUUCACACUGGAGAGAAGUCAUAUCCGUGUUCAGAAUGUGAUAAAGCUUUUACAGAAAAGAUCUUCCUUAUCAGACACCAGAGCGUUCACACUGGAGAGAAGCUCUAUGAGUGUUCUGAAUGUGGCAAAUCCGUAAAAACCAAGGGAGAGCUUAUCACACACCAGAUGAUUCACACUGGAGAGAAGCCAUACAAGUGCUCUGAAUGUGAUAAAGCUUUUACACAUAAGAAAAGCCUUCUCAGACACCAGAUGAUCCACACUGGAGAGAAGCCAUAUCAUUGUUCUGAAUGUGACAAAGCUUUUCCAUAUGAGAGAAGCCUUGUCAUACACCAGAAGGUUCACACUGGAGAGAAGCCAUAUCAUUGUUCUGAAUGUGACAAAGCUUUUCCAUAUGAGAGAAGCCUUAUCAUACACCAGAUGGUUCACACCGGAGAGAAGCCAUAUCAAUGUUCUAAAUGUGACAACGUUUUUGCACAGAAGUCAGAGCUUAUCUCACACCAGAGGGUUCACACCACAGAGAAGCCAUAUCCAUGUUCUGAAUGUGAUAAAGCUUUUAAACAGAAGUCAGAUCUAAUCAUGCACCAGAGGGUUCACACCGGAGAGAAGCCAUAUCAGUGUCCUGAAUGUGACAAAACAUUUACAUGGAAGGGAAUCCUUACCGCUCACCAGAGGACUCACACUGGAGAGAAACCAUUUAGGUGUUCUGAAUGCCGUAAAGCUUUUACAGUGAAGUCACGUCUUAUCAGACACCAGAAGGUGCACACUAGAAAGAAGCCAUUACAAUGCUCUGAAUCUGACUAAUUCUUUACAGCUAAU